AUGAACAGCCAACCUAAGAAGCAAAAUAAAGCAAUAAAGAAGGAUAAUCAAUUAUCUUCUAUAAGUAAUUCUAUUAAACCAAAGAAGAAUCAUGAUAAAAUAGAAAUCGACGAUGAAUUACCUGAUCAUCUCACCAAAGCAGCUGUACCAAAUGGAAAACUUCGUAAUAAGUUAAUUAAGCAAUGGAAACAUAAGCUAGCUUCUCAAAGAGCUAUAGAUGAUUAUAAAAACUACCUUCUUCCCCAAGAUAGUGGCACUAUUGAGCUUGAAAAUGAUUUGGAACGGACAUACAGGCUUAGACAACAUGAUAUAAAGGAAGCUAUUGGUAUAAGCACAGCUAAGAAAGCCUUUUCUUUAAAUGUUGAUAGAGGUCUCACAAGUUUAGCAUACACCCCAGAUGGUAGAAAUUUAUCAUUCACUAAUCAAGUUGGUAAAGUUGCUUCAUUUGAUCCAACAUUAGGAAGAUUAAAUUGUGAAAUCAAUCUUAAUGAAUUAUGUACAGACAUAACUUACCUACACAAUUCAUCAAUGAUGGCCGUCGCUCAGAAGAAAUAUGUUUACAUUUAUGACAAUCAAGGCAUAGAAUUACAUAAAUUACCUGACCAUAUUGAAGCAAGAAGAUUAGAAUUCCUUCCACAUCAUUUUCUCCUAGCUAGUAGUGGAAAUACAGGUUGGUUAAAGUAUCAAGAUACGAGUACAGGUAUGAUGGUAUCUCAACAUCGUACUAAAUUAGGCCCUACAUCUGCUAUGGCACAAAAUCCAUCAAAUGCUAAUAUUUCCCUUGGUCAUCAAAAUGGUACUGUUACAUUUUGGACGCCUUCAACCCCAUACACACAUGUUAAAUUACAAGCACAUUUAGGACAAGUUAAGGCACUUUCGCAUGAUAGACAUGGAAAAUACAUAGCUUCAGCUGGUUUAGAUGGUACUGUAAAAUUAUGGGAUAUGAGAAUGUGGAAAGAAUUAUCAUCAUUUAAAGCACGUAAUCAAAUCAAAGAUAUUAGAUUUAGUGACAAGGAUAUGUUAGCAGUUGGUUGGGGUAACCAUGUUUACGUUUAUGAUGAUAUACUCAAGUAUUCAAGUAACGGUGAAAGUCCAUCACCAUACCUCACACAUCAUUUCCCAGGCGUGGGUGUUAAUAAGUUAGCAUUCUGCCCUUAUGAGGACGUUCUUUCUGUUGGACAUUCUGCUGGAUUAACAAACCUUAUUAUACCAGGCAGUGGAGAGGCCAACUAUGACUCACUUGAGGCUGAUCCAUUUGAGGGUAAAGGUGCUAGACGUGAACGCGAAGUACGACAAUUACUUGAUAAAAUACAACCUGACCUUAUCACAUUCAAUGAUGAUAUUCUUGGUUCCAUACAUCUCAAAACGGAUAAUACAAACCCUAACGCUAAAACACCUAACCUUAGACCAGAUGAUGAUGGGCAAUUCCAUGAUGAUAUGGGUAGAUCAAAAUUAAAAAAGAAAAUGCGUGGACGUAAUUCUUCAACUAAGAAAUAUCUUUCAAGGAAGCGUAAAAAUGUUAUCGAGCCAACUCAAUUAGCAUUAAAAGCUAAAUUAGCUAAAGAGAAAGCCAACAAGGAUAAGGAAAUUGCUUUGAAGAGUGGCAAUUUAAAGCAAUCUUCACCAUCUGCAUUAGAUAGAUUCACCAAGAAAUCAAACUAGAUAUAUAUAUAUUUAUUUACAAAUUUAUGUUCUUG